GAGAAGGAAGCUCAUCAAGCAGCUCGUUUUAUGAAAAGUUAGCUCAUUGAACGUGAUUUUUGAGGUUGAUAAUUUUUUACCAAAAUCUUCAAUGUUGGCUAACUCGUCCCUCGUCAAAAAUUAUGAUAGUUACCCUUUUCGCUUUUCUAUCUUCCUCUGGUCUUUCUCUUUUCUAGUUAGGUCGGCUCCACCAAAAUUAUAUAUUGUCGCCUCACCUCCACGUCCACAUCUUUUUUGUCCAAACCUCCUCACCAUUCUAAUCCAAACCUCCUCAUUUCCGCAAUGACAUUCGGUUUUGUGCCAAUCCACAGCUUUUUUUUCGAGCUUUGCUACGUCAGACAGCUAAUUUGUGGGCUACCGUGAUGACCGACGUGCUGGACUCAGCCAAUGGACUUUCCGCCUACCUAGACACAGCCCUAGAGCAAUUCCUGA